UAAAGAAGCAAAAACGAUAAAUAUCUUUUUGUAAAAAUUUCAAUUAUCUAAACAAAAAAAUUAUGCAUUUUAUUAAAUGUACAAUUUAUGCAAUAGUGAUUCUUUCUACAGUUGCAACAGCUUAUGGAAAUGAAAACAAUCAUUUGUGUCUAGAACUCGUGAAUGCUACAACAGAAGAAGGACUUCCAUACCAAAUGAAUAUAACUUUCUGUUGUGAACAAUAUGUGCCAAAUGAAAAUGGAAAAUGCAUACCAGUAUGUGAAACUCCUUGUAGAUUCGGUUUCUGUAAAGCACCAAAUGUUUGUGAGUGUAACAAUGGCUACGAAAUGAAAAUGAAUAAAUGUGUGCCUAUAUGUAAAAAUAAAUGUAUUAACGGCUACUGCAAGAGACCUGGCGUUUGCGGUUGUCCAACUAACUUUGAGUUGGAUGCAAACAAUUCUUCUUUGUGCAUACCAAUAUGUGAGCCUAAAUGUCCCAAAUUUUCAAAAUGUAUAAAAUCCAUACCACCAAAUCCAAAUCGGUGCCAGUGCAUAAGUGGAUUUGCAAAGAAUAAGAAAUCGGAAACAUGUGAACCAGUAUGUACAAAUAAAUGUGUCAAUGGAUUCUGUAGUGCCCCGGAAACGUGUGGAUGUAAUAAAGGCUAUGAAUUGGACUACACAAAUAAAACAAAUUGUAAGCCAAAGUGUGAACCAAUAUGUUCUGCACAUUCCUCCUGUGUAGCUCCUAAUAAAUGCAAAUGCAACGCUGGCUACAGCCGUAAUAAAAUAACUGAUAAUUGCGACCCCAUCUGCAGAGACAAAAUUACAAACUCUAGAUGUAUUGCACCACCAAAUACAUGGACUUGCAUUGACAAAUAUCAACAUGAUCGUAAGAUUGACAAGUGUGUGUUGGAAUCUUGCAAUUGCAACAGUAAUGGAUAUUGUUUGAAUAACAAAGACGAAUGCGAAUGUUACGAUGGAUUUGAAAAAAAUUCCACAGGACAUUGUGAAGCGCACUGCAAACCGAAUUGCAAAAAUUCCAUUUGCAUAGCCAACAACGAAUGUCAAUGUUUGGACGGCUAUCACAAAACGCCUGAAGCUCAUAUUUGCGAACCAAACGAUUUAUGUAAUGGCAAACCGUGUGAAAAUGGCGAAUGUUUAAUAACAGGAGAUUGCAAAUGCAAGUCAGGUUUCGUAAAAUCGCUGUCUUACAAUGGUCAACUACAGUGCGACAAAGUACAAACAUUUAUUGGAAAAGUAAUGACUACGAUAUUAGGAGUACCACUGAUAUUAGCAACAUGUAUUCUAAUUGUAGUAUGUGUCAUUGCUAAGAAAAAAUCGUAUAACGUGGAGGAGCAAGAAAUGAUGUUAAUUGGUAAUCAUUAAAUACGAAUCCAGUUUUAUAAAAAUAAUAUAUUUUAUUUUGAAUAACUUUUAUUUUAUUUAUUUAUUAUUUUUAUACAAAUUUCGAAAUCAUGUACUGAAUAUAAUCGAAAAAUAAAGUUAAAAUGACAAAUAAUUUUGUUUUCUACACAACAAAA